AUGCGCGCAACCUCUCACGUGUUGACAGGCCUGGCUCUGCUCUCUGGCGCGUGGGCCAAAGUAAAGUAUAUCGGUGUUGCUAUCCCCGGUAUUGACUUUGGCUGUGAUAUCGAUGGCAGCUGUCCUCUUGACACAGCACAGUUCCCUCUCGCUUCUCAUACACACGGAGAUGGCGAAGGACAGAUGAAACAUUUUGUUGAAGACAGUGGCCUCAACACUUUCCGUCUUCCAACAACAUGGCAAUUCCUCCUCAACGAACAAGUAGGCGGCAAGCUAGACGAAGAAAAAUUCGGACAAUACGAUCAACUCAUGCAAAUAUGUCUCGACACUGGCGCCUACUGCAUGAUUGACGUGCACAACUUUGCACGCUACGAUGGUGGAAUCAUCGGUCAGGGCGGUCCCUCAGACGAAGCCUUUGCCGAUCUCUGGAGUCAACUCGCCGAAAAGUACGCCAAGGAGGAAAAGGUCAUGUUCGGGCUGAUGAAUGAACCUCAUGAUCUGGAUGUUAAUCUCUGGGCAAAGAGUUGUCAGGCGGCUGUUACGAGUAUCCGAAAGGCUGGGGCAAAGUCGCAGAUUAUUCUGCUGCCUGGAACAAACUUUACGAAUGUCGAGACGUUUAUUACGACGGGGAGCGCAGAUGCUUUGGCUGCUAUCAAGAAUCCUGAUGGCAGCAAGGAUGGGUUGAUUCUGGAUCUCCACAAGUAUCUGGAUAUCAACAAUUCUGGAUCGUUUGAGGAGUGCACGACCGACAACGUUGAGGCCUUCAAGGCCAUGGCGGAUUGGUUGAGGGAGAACAAGCGCGUGGCCAUCAUUUCAGAGUCUGGAGCGUCUAUGGAUCCUUCGUGUAUGGAAAAGUUCUGCGCCCAGAACGAGUUCAUCGCAAAGAACUCUGACGUCUACAUCGGUUUCGUUGGCUGGGGAGCUGGCAGUUUCAAAUACGACUACGUCCUGACUCUAACACCAAUUAAGUCUGGCGAUGGAUACGAGGACAACAAGUUGAUGAAGCAGUGUAUCCUUGAUCCUUUCAUCAAGAACGCCCCUUCAGUCACCACGACUUCGACCUCAACAAAGACAACCAUGGUCAAGACGACAUCAACCAAGCCCCCUAAAAGCACAGAAACCGAGACCGAAACUUCCAAAACCGAGACCCUCGACUCUUCAUCCACAACAACCGAAGAGGCAUCGUCCUCUUCUACAGCGCAGAUAUUCAAGGAGGGAGAUGGAAAAGAAGCAGAAAAGGAGGCGUCGACAAGCAAACCAGAGGAAGAUGAUGACUCUGGUGCUUCACGGAGCAGGGACAUGUUUACAGGCGGAGGCUUAUUCUUACGGUAUUCCUUCUUCCUUCCACCUUCACGGCCAGAAUCCAACAUGGCUGACCAUAAUGGUCCCUCGGAAGAGGCUAAGCCUGUGGCGACAAGCAACAAAUCCUUCGAGUAUCCAUCGAAACUAAAGUCGGGAGAGUACUUGCCCGAAAUCCCAGAUGAGACUGAGCUUUUCGCUCUCAAAGACGCCCUGUCCAAGGGCUUCAACCCCAACACAGUCUGGUUAGAAGAAGACGUGCUGGAGACCUUCAAGGUGCGGGAUGAUGAGUCGGCAUCUAACGAUAGGAUGGAAUGGAAGUGCUGGAACACACCUCUUCACCGCUCUCUGCGCUGCUUCGACUUUGAAUCUGCCCGGCUUCUCGUUCAGCACGGGGCUGAUGUCAACCUGCUCAACUCAUACGGAUUAACGGCUCUCCAAGAAUCUAUAGAGCGUCAGAACGAGGGAGCUGUCAAGUUUCUCGUCAAGCAUGGUGCAGAUCUCGACAAGGAUGAGGCGGGAGACAGGGUUCCGCUGCGUAGGGCACUAGCCUCGGGGAAUAUUGACAUUUUUCGUCUACUGAUUGAAGGUGGUGCUGAUUUGGCUGCUUCUUCUCAUUUUGAGUGGUCAAUCGUGGAUCUGGCUAUUCUUGCACAGCAUCAGGUGGCUCUGGAUAUCCUCUUACUUCGCGAUCCAGAGCUGAAGCCAUCUCCUUUACUCUCUAACAAGUUGAGAGAUGGAGGAGAGGUCACACCUGCAGCAGCCAGAGAACUGCUUGCUGUUGCCACAAGCAGGCAGUUCCUCCCUUCACGGGAGUUGUAUGAGGUAUACAGCCAGGUGAUGCUGUCGAUGAAGGAUAUUCACCAAACAGGUGAUAUGAGCUUUGUCGACAGUGUUUAUCAAGCUCUAUACGAAGCUGCUGGCAUCACAAGGCCGACAAAGCGAGAAACCUUGUGUGAACAGUGCUCGUCUUUCCAGUCCCGCGUCCUAGGUGUACGCUUCCGUGGUAAAGAAGAAGAAUCAACCAUUUCAUUCCAGAUUCAUGGCAGCCGAGAUGAGCUCAACGAGUGUGCCAAGACCUGUCGGCUCUGCGGCCUGGCUGCAGAUCUGUUGGACAAUGCAGAAAAGGAAAACCCGGAAGACAUGUCGGACGAAAUGAACAAGUUGGGCUUGUCUGAAGGAGCGUCAUAUGCAUCACAUAUCAACUUUACACUCUGUGAUCAGUGGGGUGAGACCGUCCUUGUUGUUCGGGAUUCAAAGAUGGAACUCGAGGGAAACUUGGGAGGUGAUUCGGUUUCUGAGAGACUCGUGUUUGACUACCAUGAGACUCCAGGGGAGGAUACCACUACAGGUUCUCCGCAAGCAAUUAAUGUCGCGCGAGAAUGGCUUCACCAAUGCAGGGACGCGCCGGGGCAUGCUAUUUGCCAGCAAUCCUACCAGCGAGGAGAUUCAAACAAGACUCUGCCGGUACGGGUGCUGAACUUGACAGAGGAGGGAUGUGAUCCUUACCUGAUAGAAGGAAGAGCCAUGGAUGGUCCAUACUGCGCAGUUUCGUACUGCUGGGGCGACCUGGGCACUACCAACACAAUCACCACAAAAGCAAAUUUCUCGCAGUACCUGGACGGAAUCCCAAUGGACACUCUCCCGACAUUUAUACAAGAAGCUAUCCAAACGGCUAGAUCCCUUGGGUACCAGUAUCUAUGGAUCGACGCCCUGUGCAUCAUCCAAGAUGACGACCAAGAUUGGGACCGAGAGGCGUCCAAGAUGAGCGACGUCUACUCCAAUGCCGACUUGACAAUCUCAAGCCUGGUAGCAAAAGACUGCCACGAUAACCUAUUUCAGCCUCGAAUGCUAAGAAUCGCUCAGCCUGUGCCCCUGAAUUAUUGGCUUCCGAAGUCCCAGCGGCCAGAGUGGAAACCAGGAGUUGUCCAUCAACAAGCCAUGUUUCCUUUCUGGACGUUGUCGACCGAGUCUGCUCCGGGAGGGUUCUCGCUUCCGGGUAGAGUCACUGUCAAUGGACCCAUCAGCGCACGUGGAUGGAUUCUACAAGAACAGCUCCUGAGCACGAGGGUGCUGUACUUUGGCCCCGGCUACCUCUACUGGGAAUGUCUCUGCGCCAUGAGCGUCGACGCAGACCCAAGUACCUCCAUCAUGUCAAGGUUUGCAGGCGAUUUCGCAGCAUUUGACGUGAACCAAAGAGCUCAUCUGAAAUGCACCAUCAAAGGGAUGCCUUCUCCAGCGACGGAUGAUGACCUACAAGAUAGCCCCUAUUCCGUCUGGCAGGCCCUCCUCAAAGAGUUUACCUCAAGGAGUCUAUCCAAGUCUUCAGAUCGCAUUCCUGCAGUCCUAGCCCUUGCCAAAUCUUUAGAGAAGACAGUGGAGGGCGAGUUUAUAGGUGGAAUUUGGAAGGGCGCUAGACUGCUCGAGAGCCUCUGCUGGAAGUCGCAAGAAAAGGACAAUCAAAAACCCGGAGCACCUUCAUGGUCUUGGGCUUCUGUUGGGGGGCAGGUGGACUUUAACUAUCUCAGCCGUGAAGCGUUUCAUGAGCCAGUCCCAAUGGCAACCGUUGUAUCAGUUGAUGUUGAAGCAAACCAAGCACAGAGCCAUGUCUCGGGAUCAGUGACUCUCAGAGGUACCUUGCACUGGAAAAAGAUUACACCAUCCUCUGACGAAGACGCAAAGAGCCCGUUUGCUGCCAUUGAUGCCCUUGACCGUCAGGCUGACUUGACCGAGCACUGCUACGCCUUCGAUCUGGUUGCCUUUGAAAAAGGGCCUUUGUACGAAUGGCAUGGCCGGUCGAUGUGGUCUGAUGUAGGAGGGCGGCCGCCGAGCGUGAUUCGUCUGCUGCUGCAGCCUGUUGAUCAAGCUGGUGAUUCUCAUGUGUUCAGGAGGGUUGGGAUAUCUAUGGAGCAUGGGGAUGAACGGCAGAGACUAGAUGACUUGAGGGCACCUAGGAAGGGUGUGGGACCGCCUACGGGUGCAUGGACUCAUAUUGAGUGGUCCAAGAUGGAUCAAGUGAUUACUAUAGUUUGA